UAAAUUUAUCUAUAAAUUAUUAAUUUUAUGUUGAUAGACAUUGUUCUCUGUUAUUACUAGUAAUGUUAAAAAUAAAUAAAUAAAGUAACUCAAUUAAUGCUUACCGCAGGCCAGUAUUUGCCCCAAUACUGACUCAAAUAUUCAUUCUUUUAAUCCUCACAAUAAACCUAUGAUGUAGGUACCAUUAUUGUUCCUGUUUUUCACUAGAGGAAACUAAGACACAGGGGAGUGAAGUAAUUUGCCCACAGUAACACAGGUAGUGAGUAGUUGAGCUGAGAUUGUACUCUGCCUACCAGAAUCCAUACUCUUAGUUAUAAUGGUGGACUGCCCUAUAGCCUUCUGUUUCACAGCCCCUGGCAUUCCUUUAUAUGGAUCUAUCAUUAUUUGUUAAAUCAUUUAACUUAUGUCCAGUGUAUUGUUCUUAUAAACAAUGAAUAUCUGUAUACCUCUAAUUUUGUGCACAUGUAUCUUUUUUUAGAAUGAAUUGCUAAUUCAGUGCUUAAGCCCAUAAUUAAUUUUCUUACAUAUUACCAACUGUCCUCCAAAAAGGUUGUAAGGUUGUACUAAUUUAGAAUUUUACCAGCAGUACACGAGAGGACCCAUUUCCCCAACACUCUCAUGGCUACUGGGUAUUACCAGUAUUUUUUAAUACGUGCUGAUCAGAUGGGCAAAAAGAAUGAUUUCUCAUUAAGGUUUAAAUUGCAUUUCCCUAGUUAUUCUUGAGAUUUUCCCAUUCAUUUUUUCAACAAUUACUUAUUGAAUGCUUUAUAUUUGUAAGGGACAAUUGCAGGUACUGGAAAUGUCACAGUGAGGAAAAGUGACAAAGCCCCUGCUGUCAUGGAGUUUAUUCUAAUGGGAGAUGUCAGGUCCUCAGCUGAGCUGGGAGAGAGAGAGCUGAGUUGUCAGGUGUCAGAGGAGACGACUAUAGCAGCAGAACAGAAAUGAAAUGGUUCAACUUUUAAUCUCUUACUGCAAUGGUAUAACCAAAAGGCUAAAAUGGGAGGAAGGGCAGAGUUUCCCUGUUCCAUUUCCCUCUAUAGAAUGAUAUAUCAGUCGAGGGUCAGGUAAAUCAGUGCAGACCUAGGAGAUUGUCUCACUGCUGAGGAAGCCCAAAAUGAAACGCUCUGGCAGUUUUAUGGACCUGGGGAUAGAGGGAUCCAAGGGUGGGGAGAAUUCAUGGUGUAAAAUGAGGUGAGAGGGCUAGGAGUGGAAACGUACAAGGUAUUGAGUCAGAGUGGGGAACAGUGUCUUCAGGGCUAGCAGUGGAAAAGUACUAGGUACUGAGUCAGAGUGGGGAACAGUGUUCAAGGCUGGAGUGGAAAAAUGCUGGGUAUUGAGUCCGAGUGGGGAAAAGUGUCUUCUCUAUGAUGAGGAGGCUUCAGCGGAGGUGACUGAAGACCUCACCGCAGAGCCUCAGAUAAAGGGAUCUAAGAAUGAGGGUGCCUGGGCUAAGAUUGCAAGUAUGUGAAAAGGCAUAACUGGCAGGAGGCUGAGAUCUUGAUUGCAACCCCCUUCAGAGACUGCCAUGUACUGACUGUGCACCAAGUCUGGUGUGGAAAGGGCAACUUCCUCAGUGAGGCUUGUCAAAUCAAGCCUCUUUAAUUGCCUGUGUUCAGGUCUGAAAAAUGACACAUACGAUUUUAACCAGAAGCCAGACCUCGCAGGAGAGACAGACAAUAACUAAACAUACCACGUCAUGUCAUGUCAUAAUAAGUACCACAACAAAGAAUAAGUCAGCAUUAGGGACAGAGUGCCAAGGAUGCUAUCUUCAAGAGAAUGGUCAGAGAAAUCUCCCUGGGAGGUAGCACUUACAGAAAGACCUACAUGAAGUGAAGGAGUAACUGUGAGACUGUCUGGAAGAAUAACCUUCCAGACAGAGGGAACAACAUGAGAAGAGGGCUGAGAAAGAGUGUGUGAUCUUUUGGAGGAAUGGCAAGGGAGACAGUGUGGCUGGGGUAGAGUGAGGGAAAGAGGUCUCAUAGGUCCUGGAGACCCAGUUAUGUGAGGUCUUGUGAGGCCAGCAGAAGGACUUUGGAUGUAGUUCUCAGUGUGAGGGGAAGGGAUCUGGAUACAAUUUUCAGUAUGUUGGGAAGGCAUUGGAGGCUUCUGAACAGGAGAAUUGUGUGACUAGAGAUGUAUUUUUAAGUGAUCAUUUUGGCUUGAGGGACUAGACUUAGGGACAAGGACAAAGCAGGCAGAUGAAUUAGGAGCCGAUUACAUUAGUCUCCCCCACGCUUUUCCUAACAUAUUGGAGUUCAGCUCUGACUAUAGUAGUUCUAGAUCUCAUCAGACACACUUGCGCAGAGCUUAUCUUGGGUAUUUUGGGUAUAUAGAUGAUUCGUCUUGGUUAUACAGAUGGUUUAGAUGAUUGCAGACAGAAGAGGGUUGUCUGGGAACCAUUCCUAAACAGGGAAGCAUUCCUUGACAUAGAGAAGAGGAAGGCUGAAGGGGAGGAAGAGAGUACCUGUUGCUAUCUAGAAGGAGGAAUCCAGCAGGAAGUUGGAUACAGGUAUCUGAAACUCUAGUGAAAAUUAUUGGCAGGCAAUAAGCACCUGGGAGUUAGUAGCUUAUACUUGACAGUUGAAUCCAUGGGACUAGAGGAGAAAAACCAGGGAAAGUAUGGAGACUAAGAAGACCAAAAACAUGCACUCAAGAUGACCAAAAUUAAAAAGUGAUCUGAGAAAAGUAAUGAGGAAGUCAGAGAUUGGGAAAGAAUAGAACAUUUCAAUGAGGAGAGUUGCCACCACUGUUAUAUUUGACAGAGUGGUCAAAUGAGAUGAGGUCUGAAAAGAGCCCAAGCCUUGGCCAUGUUGGGACAUCACCAGUGACCUUUGUCAGUAGAGAGGUGGGGGUGGGAGGCUGGGACUGAAGGCUGCAAUUGCUACUUACUCUUUCAGGGAGUUUGACUCCAAGGGAAAGAGAAACUAAAAGCAGUAGCAGAGGGCUUGUGUUUGAAGUAACUGUGGUGAACCAGGCGAACAGCCUGGAGGCCAAGUGAAGUGAUACUGGACACUACAGAUUUGUAAUGUCUGCACAAUUGAAUAAUUUCCCCCAGAAGUGCUCAAUUGCUCAAUUGUAACAACAGAUAUGUAGACCAAAAGUAGAGUUUCCCCAGGGUAAAUUCUAUAGAGACAAAGGGGUAUGCUUAUUGAAGUUAUAACAAGGAAUAAUUACAAAAACACACUAUUGUUGCAUUGUCCGAUAUAAUAAGCACUAGUGAUAUGUGACUAUUUAAAUUUCAAUUAAUUAAAAUUAAAUAAGAUUUAAAAAUUCAGUUUCUCAGUCAUACUAGCUACGUAUCAAUUGCUCAGUAGCCACAGGGGCUGGUGGCUAUCAUAUUAUUCAGCACAGAGAUAGAGCAUUUUCAUUAUCACUAAAAGUUCUUGUGGCAAACACUGCAAUAUAGGGUCCACACUGGAUACAUCUGAGGUCUUGAUGAAGUUGAACAACAGAUGUAGGAGUAAGCAAGAGCAAAACCUGGAUGAAUAGGAGGUUGCAGACAGAGAUGGGUAUCUGGAGAUUAAGAUUCUAGGGACUGAGUUGCUCCAGGUGAAAAGGUUCAGGGUUAUAUCACAAGAGGGUAGGGGGCAGCUGCUGAAAUAGUCUGUGGGGGAAGACCUGUGGAGUUGACAAAAUCAAAGAAAUCUGAGACAAGGUUGUUAGACUCAUUCAUGAAGAAGUCACCCAAAUUGUUGGCAAGACCUUGCAUCUAAUGCCUAAAUCCUCACUGAGCAGGGGGUUAGUGAUUUAGUAACUAACAGCAGUGAAAGAGGCAGACACCUCAAAAGGGGAGGGUGUUCCUCAAAGUCCCCAUGACAUGUGAUAAAACAAACAGUAGCUGGGAGGGGCAGGUGGCUUCUUUUGGGUAGAGCCAGAUUUCACUGAAAUAAUAACCUCAGGGGAAACAGUCAAUGAAGAGGUUAAAGAUGUGGGAGAGUUUCCUUGUAAUUAAUGGAAUGAGGCUUCCAGAGGGCCAAGUAAACUCUGGAGGAAGUUUAGUAAAAGAAGGAAAAUUUUUGAGUACAGAUAAGCAUAGGAAUAUAAAGAAGAGAUAAUUCUUAAAUAUGUAAGAUAUGCAUUUGGCAAUAGUAGUCAGGGAAGACCGAAGUCCCAGUAGGGUCAGAGACUUCAUAAGGUUAGCAAACUACGGUUUUUGAGUGGUAUUUCAACAGUAGAGUAUAUUGUUCAGGAAUUUCUUAAUUAUACUUUGAAACAAACUCCUUCAGCUGAUUAGGAAGGUCUAGCUGGAUUCUUGAGUGCCGUUUCCCUGACAUCAUAGAAAUCCAUUGUAACUAGACUUCAACCAUUCCUCUUACUGAAGUGCUGGGGAAGGGAGAGAUUCUCAAUGCUUACCCACCUAUGGAGUCCCAGUGAGUCCAGUUGCUAUGCAGCUUGAGGUCUGGGGUCAUAAAAGGGAAGGCCUGAAGCCAGUUGGUGAACACAGACCUUGAGCCAAACUUUCCCCAUUUAGUCAGAGAGAGGAUUAGCAGCAUCCCCCAUGCCUAGCUCUGCGUGAGAUCAUGGGAGCCAGUGGUUGGUGAGGUGCUAUGGAGUAUAAAUUGCAAAAUACUUUCAGUUCCACUCAGAAUGGAUUUCAGAGUGAUUUCCACCCCACGGGGAGGAGAGGGAGUCUGGGGAGGGACGGAUGGAGAAAAUUUUUUUCUGUUAUUUUCUGUGAUCCACUCUGGAGACAGAGGCAGAGAUUCUUUACAGCAGCUGCUCAAACUACAGCUCUUGUUAAAACGCAGGUUCUGAAUCAGUAGGCCCUGGGUGGGGCCAGAGAUUCUGUGUUUCAGACCAGCCCACAGGUGACGUGAAUCUCACUGGUCCAUACAUCACACUUUCAGUUGGUAGGUGAGAAAGGGAGCACUCAAUGAGUGGAAGAGAAAGUCAUUGUAAUCUUUGGGAGAAGGGGCCUGGGUCAAUGGAGUUGGACUGGCCUGUGAGUGGAGAGAGUCGAUGGGAAGGAAAGAAGAUACUGUGAGGCUCUACAGAAAAAUAAAAUAAAUAAAAUAAAAUGUAAAUCAAGAAGACAGAAGAAGCUAAAGACGAAGUCAUUUCCAGAUCCAGAAGGCACAAUUGACAGCUGAGUAAUAACGUAACAUUGACUGUUAAUUGGCAGUAUUUUAACUGUAUGUUUAGUUUCUCCAUGAGGUCACCUGUCCUCUAUAAUAUGGCAAGUUAGACUAAAACCAGCGUUUCCCAGAGACAAUGCUAGAAGCUUUAACAGUAGGUGGCACUCUUGCAUUACAUUAAGAGCUCAGCAAAGAAGACGCAGAAACCUCAGGCUUGCCUUGUCACAACAAACACACUAAAUCUUCCUUAGAUCUCCCUUUCACUGUCAGCGUACCCAUAUAGAUUUCCCUUCUCCUUCCAGUACAGAUAUGCAUCCUCUACAGAUGGUGCAUUUAGUUCUUCAAGUGCUUCACGGAGUCCUAGUGAGUGUAAUGCAAUAGGAGUGAUUCAGAUUUGUGCAAACUCCCACUGAUGCCUGCUGUCUGCUUCCCUUGGCGUUCAAGACCACCACCAACCCUUCGAUUAUGUGUUCUAACUGAGCCACUCUGUACACAGUUCAGUUUGAUAAGUGCAUUGUUAUUUGAUAAGUCACUGUUAUUUGUUCUUUUCUUCCCUAUUUCAAGAGAAAUCACAUCAGUUUAAUUACUCUCACACCAAGAACUCUUCAAAUGAAACUCCUCUCAUCUCUCAUCAACCCAUCUCCUCCCUUUCUUCCUCAAUGUCAACAUCCCUUCACAUAAAUCCUGAAUGAUGAGAUUUUAUUUAGAAUUUACACUAACUUCCUCUCCAAGGUGACAUCUAACUUCAUAUUAAGUGCUGAUUCCCUGAAGAUUCAAGCUUAUUUCAAUGAGACUGCAGACCUGCCGUGCAAGUUUGCAAACUCUCAAAACCUAAGCCUAAGUGAGCUAGUAGUUUUUUGGCAGAACCAGGAAAACUUGGUUCUGAAUGAGGUAUACUUAGGAAAAGAGAAAUUUGACAGCGUUCAUUCCAAGUAUAUGGGCCGCACAAGUUUUGAUCCAGACAGUUGGACCCUGAGACUUCACAACCUUCAGAUCAAGGACAAGGGCUUAUAUCGAUGUAUCAUUCAUCACAAAAAACCCACAGGAAUGAUUCGCAUCCACCAGAUGAAUUCCGACCUGUUAGUGCUUGCUAACUUCAGUCAACCUGAAAUAGUCCCAAUUUCUAAUAUAACAGAAAAUUUGUACAUAAAUUUGACCUGUUCAUCUAUACAUGGUUACCCAGAACCUAAGAAGAUGAGUUUUUUGCUAAUAACCAAAAAUUCAACUACCGAGUAUGAUGGUGUUAUGCAGAAAUCUCAAGAUAAUGUCACAGAACUGUACGAUGUUUCCAUCAGCCUGUCUGUUUCAUUCCCUGAUGUCACAAGCAAUAUGACCACCUUCUGCGUUCUGCAAACUGAGAAGACACGGCUUUUAUCCCCACCCUUCUUUAUAGAGAUUGAGAACCCUCAGCCUCCCCCAGACCAUACCCCUUGGAUUGCAGCUGUACUUCUCACAAUAAUUAUAUGUGUGAUGAUGGUAUUCUGUCUAAAUCUAUGGAAACGGAAGAAGAAGAAGCAGCCUCGCAGAUCUUAUGAAUGUGAACCCAUCAACAUGGAGAGGGGAGAGAGUGAACAGACCCAGAAAAGCGUAAAAAUCCAUGUACCUGAAAGAUCUGAUGAAGCCCAGCAUGUUUUUAAAAGUUCCAAGACACCUUCAUGCGACGAAAGUGAUACAUGUUUUUAAUUAAAGAGUAAAGCCCAUACAAGUUUUCAUUUGUUACACAAUUUCAUUUACAAGUUUCUGGGCAACGUUUCUCAUUUUUUCUGGAAAGCAAGAAGACAUUACCAUUAAUAAUAGGGGGACAGGGUCAUAACCCCCAGGACUCCCUCUAAGUGGAAUAGCCUCCCUGUAACUCCAGCUGUUCUCCAUAUGCCAAAAGCAGACUUUAAUUCUUUCAUUGCUUCUUUUCACUAUGGAGCACUCUUAUGAGCCAAGCCCAGCUUAAUGAUUCAUGGCCUGGAAAUAAAAUUUAGGACCAACAAGUCCUCCAGAUCAGAUUAUCCUCUUAAUGUCAUAGAUUGUGGUUUUUAAAAAAUAGAACUUCUGGAAAACUGCAUUUUAUCUGCGCAAAAUUCUAAGCUGGUGCCUCACUGAAUCUUGUAUACCUGUGACUGAACAACUACCUUCUCAGUCUGGGUGGGAGUUAGGUAUUUAUGACCUUACAGUGCUAAUACUUUGAAACAUAAAGAUCCAUGUACUGUAAUAGUGUGAUUACUAUGCUCUAGAGAAGUCUAUCUCUGCUAAGGAUUGUUGUCCCUCUGUCAGGGUCAGUAAGAAAAAUGGUGGCCUAGGGUACAGGCAACAAUGAGCAGACCAACCUAAAUUUGGGGAAAUUAGGAGAGGCAGAGAUAGAACCUGGAGCCACUUUUUUCUGGGCAGUCACUAAUGUUGAGGAAGCUUGCCUUGCCCAACAAGCCCUAGUGGAGAGCACUAAAUAAACAGGAAAGUGCUGGAUCUUGUGAACUCUGUUUCUCUGGAGGAAUUGACUAGUGAGAUGGCCUGGGGAAGCUCUGAAAGAAUCAACAGAGAUCACAAUACUCAAAAGAGAAAAAAAGAGAGAUCUUAAUCCAAAGAAAUGCAUGAAAUGUCUGGUCUGUCCAGUCCAUCAACAAAUCUUGAAACAAGCAACAGAUAUACGGUCUGUCCAAAUGGACUUAAGACAGACAGCAGUUUCCCUGGUGGUCAGGGAGAGGUUUUGGUGAUACCCAAGUUAUUGGGAUGUCAUCUUCCUGGAAGCAGAGAUGGGGAGGGAGAGCCAUUGUCUUGAUAAUGGGAUGAGUGGAAGGAGGCUUAGGUCUCUCCACUCCUGGCUGAGAGAGAAAAAGCUGCAAUGGAAUUAGGAAGACCAAGAUGCAGAUCAUGUAGGGGCUUCCUUAAUGUACAGAUGUCCUACAGGAAUCUGGGCUGGCCCAGAGUAGCAAAUUUCAGUUGGAUGAUUGUUUUUGCUGAAGGCAACCAGAGGAAAACUGCGUACAGAGAUGGAUAUACUGGGAGAAAUGACUUUGGAAACCUGGCUCAAAAGUAGGAUUAGUAAGGGAUGGAGCAGUCUCUGUCCAAACCUAAAGAGAACUCUGGGGGGCCUAAGCCACAAAAAUAGUUCCUUUAUUUUACUUGAACAACCCCCAAGGGUUAUAGACUGCUAUGCUAGACAAGCUUGUCCAUGUAGUAUUCCCAUAUGUGUACCGUGCCCCUGCCUUCAUUAGAUUCCUAGCACCUGGCCAGUUUCUAACAUGUUUUGUGCAGCACAAUUUUUAAUAAAUGCUUAUUACAUUCA